UCUCGGUGUAUUUCUGUUUCAUCUCAUAAAAUGUCUGCAGACUCCGUGUUGUUAGAAAAUAAGCUCAUUCCGAACACCUUGCGGGCAGGUGUAGUGUAUUGUGUGGAUCUUCGUCCAGGUACCCAGUCUGUUUCAACCUCUGACUACCUGGAUAUGACAUAUCUGUAAAUUCCUCGAAUUCCAAAGAUGAUUUUGCGCAACGUAUCCAACUUUGAUGACCCAUUGAGACUUUUUUGGAAAGAUGCAUUUUUAAAUUGCUCACUUGGCAAAUUUCGUCGCGUGACACAGCAUUUUAGAGAAACGCGAAAAUAACCAUUCGCGAAAAUGCUCCCACCUUUACCCAGCUUUCAAUAUGGCGUCGUUUGUAAACUGUUGACACACUGGUGUCGACGUAAGAAGGCGAGUGUUUACCAUCCAAGACCCAAUGAAACUUCGCGUUUCUGCGCAUAAUCGAAAGACCGAAAGGUGGGGUGCCGGACACCAGUGGCAGCAGGAUGUAAUCGUUGUCUAGCAAUAGUACGAUGGCCCAGGAGUUCCUUCCACUCUGUGAUGUGCUCUUCAACAUCAUCUCAUUGGCAUCCUACUUCUGUGAUGUGGUGUUUGAUGUGGUCACCAUCUACACAUUGUAUGACCAGCAAGAAGUGGUAUGGUUCACAUUGUCCUUAUCGUGCGUUCUUCUCUCUCUCGUUGUUUGCCAGCUGUGUUCUCUCAAAUGGUAUCUCUCCAGUCUUAGGAAGGACUUGGCCAAGAAGGAUUGUGAUUUGGGCCUCAUGAUUCUUUUGCACUUGUUCCAAGGGGGUGUUCUGUGGCGUUACUUCAAGCUUUUCAUUCCUGUGGACCUUCGUUAUGUGAAGCAUGAAGUUCGGGACUUGUGCAUGCUGCGGCUCAUACACGCCUUUUGUGAAGCUGCCCCCAUGUUGCUCAUUCAGCUGUACCUUAUUUGGCGGAAGCCUUCUCUGUCAGACUUGACAGACCUCAAUAUUGUCUCAACUGCUCUCUCUUUGUUUAGUGUUUGUUGGGCGCUUGCUUCCUUCAAUAAGAAUGUGAGGCGCCACAAUGUUCAUCGUUUGGUUUUGACCUGGUUGGGGGUUAUAUUCCAGUUUUUCUGGCGUUUAGGAACAAUAACGUCACGGUCUCUGGCUCUGACUGUAUACGCCACGCUGUACGGGUAUUGGGUUUUCCUUGUCAUUUUCUUGCAUUGGAUAUCAAUGUUCCUGUGGCUUAUAUCCCCAAAAAAUGUUUUCCAUGGUGAAAGGAUGCCCAUGAUAAGAAAGGUGCUGUUUUCCAUGUUGAUAGCAUUUUGUUACAUCUUCUGCUACAUAAAUCUCCAGGAAAUUAAUGCUCGUCAGAAGAUGGUUGCUUUCUACAUAACUAUGUUGUUAGAAAACACACUUCUUGUAGCAGUUUGGCUAGGGGGCUUGAGAACACCGCCAUGGUAUCAGUAUCCUGUGGCAGCUCUGGUUUUCAUAGCGUUUGGGUUUGGAGUUGUGUUUAUGAUUUUCUACUAUCAACAUUUCCACGUGAAACGUUUAAAGCACAAUUAUGCCAUCUCAUCAUCUAUAAAUACAUAUUCAUCUUGUACAGGCUGUCAGCUUGGCCAGUGUACUGACAAGAGUCAUCGAAUGCCGUUCCCAUAUUACCUGAAUGAGCUUUCUGCAAGUGACAACAGCACCAUUGCUUCCAAUGCUCAGCAAAAUGGUGGUGGUGGUGGUGGUGCAAAGCUCAAUAAUUUAGCUACAAGUGAAACUCGGGAGCAUCAGCUCCAUCCUCAUAUGUACAACCCAGAUGGCUUGCACGCCCCAGGGGUUUUCAACUGUCGAUUCAAUCCAGUUAUUAAGAGGAAGAAAAAGAAACCUACUAGUUUCGUUCCUCCUCCUGUUCCAGUGAUUCCUUCUCUAGCAGUACCAAAUAACAAUGGUCGCACUGUACCAUUCUGGAAGCGACCUUUACCUCAGUCUCUCUCUAGUGAUCAUGAAGGUAGCAUUGGAUCAAGGGUUAAUAUCCAGCAGAAAUUGCAGGAGAAGAAACAGCAACAGAUCGCAGAGCUACGUCAAAUAGAGGAAGAGAUUAAGGCUGGAAAGUUGAAGCGACCUCAUCCUAGUGAUAUUUCAGAAUCUGGAACCUUAAGACAGCCAAUUCCCAGAUCCAAAAAACAACCCUGGCUGAAACCAGAACCCCUCGAUUUUACUUACUUAGUAGUAGAGCCAUCAGCAGCUCCUGUGCCUGCCCCAGCGCAUCGGAAGCAGCGAUCCCAAACACCAGAGAUCCUUCUUGCUCCUCACUAUUUGGAAAACACAAGAAUAUACUAUGACUAUCAGGAUCCUCGCUGGAAGUAUGGCAACAAUUAUCACCUGCCUUCAGAUGACAUGAGUGGAUCCAGUCACUCCAAGCCUUCUAUCAAGAGAAGGAAUCGUAAGGUUGAUAAAAACGCCGAUAACAGAGAUAAAGUAAUUUAUAAGUCUUAUAGAAUACCAUCUGAUCUUGACAGUCAAAUAUCCCUUCCAAGAUCAUACACACUUCCAAGAGAAUUCAAAUAUUACCGCAGACCCAAAUCAAGAAAAGCUAUUAGAACUGACCAUUUUAUGGCUUCAACCAAUUCUAGCGAUGGUGAUGUUGACUCAUGUGAUGAAGGGGAUUUGGAAGAAAGUCUUAGUCGUUUGAACAAUGCUGUUCAUUUCCAUCUUAACCACAACCAUCAUCACCACUAUCAUCAUCAUAGUUUUGUUCACAACCAUACCAACAACGUCACAGAAUCCCCUCCACAUCCGCAACAUCCGUUAAGGGCUCGUAUCCAUGCAGCCUUUCACAGAAACUUGGCCAACACUCAUGAAACAAAGUUGUGAUUGUCCUGCUGCUAUGUUCAGUUUGAAUGGGAAUGUGUAUUCAGUGACACUCGAAAUUUCUGUACAUGACAGUGAAUUGUAUACAAAGUACAUUUAAGAUUUUCCUCAUGGAAAAGUAUCGGCCAAUACUUUUGAUGUUUUAAGUUCAACUUUGAACAACUCAGAAGGACACUUUAGUGGUCACCCUUUUUUGAUAAAGGAAAGUAAUUUUUUUUUAUUAUUAGCCUGCAUGUGCCAUUAUUUAAAUUUAUUUGACUUUAGCUCAUGAAGUGUGACGUUGCAUGUUUGGAAGACACUUGGCAGUAAUAAAAUUAUGACAUGAUAAGUACAAAGAUAAAAGUUGUGAGUAUUUAUUUCAAAGUGACACCAGGAGACAUGAUGUACUACUGUGUUCAGUGAAAAGUUGAUAGUCAGUUAUAUGAUAAGGAUGUUGCUUGAUAGUGGACCAUAAAUUUCUGCAUCUGUGGAAAAUAUCUAACAGCAGGCCUGUUGAUUAUUUGUUAUGUGCCAAAGACAGAUUGGACCAAGCACAUCCAAAAUUGUUGGAAUUACUGGUUAAGUGCCAAUUUUAAUGUUUUAUAACCUCUUAUAAAUUAUCAGAGAGAGCCAGAGAUUAGAUAUUUGUUGAUUAUCUGUAACACUUUUAUUGUUAAAAGUAUUUUUUUUAUGUUAACAGCUUUCUUUAUGAAGAUUAGAAACUAUGACUUAUCGACUGAAAAUUAUUGAAAUAUUUUAAAGAAUAAUUGCAAGGCAGUUGGUUUGAUGGUAUACUAUUACCUUUGUAUUUUAACAGGGUGUUUUGCUUAAUAUGGAAAUUUAAUGUAGCCAUUUUUAUAUUUAAUCCUUAAUUUGUGAAAUAAUUACUGGUGUGUGUGCUAAUUGCUCAUCCCAUGGCUCUUAAUGAUUUGACUCUUCAAAGUAUAAGACUAAAGUUAUAACAAUUGUUGAAUAAGUUAACUUUACUAAUCUUAUACAGUCAUAAAAUCUGUUGUAAGUAGUCUUUCCAUUGAUUACUUCAAGUUUAAUUUCAAAUUCCCAAGAUGAUACAGAAUACUGCAUUGAUUUAAAAAGAGGGACAAAAACAUCAACAAAUAGAUCCAGUCAUCACACCACUGCGAUCUCUUACAGUUCGCCUUAUGCAAGAGCUGCCGUUUUUAUCAUUCCUAAUCCAUUUACUCAGGUAUUUGUUGGCUCUAGAGCCCUAAAAGUUCUACAAUAGAUGGCAUUAGUUUCUUUUAGUGUACCACACAGGCUGCUACAGUACUGCUCAUGUUAUUUGUUUAUUGUUGUCUAAAUUUUUUUAGGCACUGGGCUCUGCUCUGUUUUAGUUUUAAAAAUUAUCACUCUUUUUGACUACAAAAAUCUUAAUUUCUGAUAGAGUAACAUAUGUACAUUACAUAAUGUAAAUCUGAUUGAAUAGUAUUGUAAUCAUUGUAAAUACAUAGCUUGAGCACAAGCACAAAAAUUGUCUCGCUCUUAGAAGGAGCCUGACAAGCAAGAGUGAUAUUAAUCUAAAACAGAUUAGAGCCAUUUUUCUUUUUGUCAUGUGUCCAUUUCAGUUCUGCUGAUGAACUUGGUUUUGAUAAAUGUUUGUUUCAGAGAUUGGUCUGUGGUUUGACAUGUGGGACACAUUCGUUUCCAAGAAUACGUAGUUUGAUUGAGCUCGAGUGUAAAAUAUUUGAUCAGAAAAUUUCAUUUUCUUACACUGAAAUUGUAAGACUUUAGAAAGAGCAUCAUAUCAUAUAGUAUGGCUUGGUAUUGGUUUUAAUACUUUUUGAUAAAGUAUUUGGUUUGAUUAAACUAUAAUCAAUUUUGUCAUUGAAUUAAAAUCGGAAAUUGCUUGAUUGAAGAGCUUCCUAAAUUUGUGAUGUCUUAGAUGCCUGUAUGUAUUCCAUGAAAACUUAAAAGUUGUUGUGAAGUAUAGUAAUUCAACCCGACCACUGAGUUUUAGUAUCACUGUAGAUUCAUAGGGCUGGCUUGGAGGAUAUACCCUGUAAAGAUACUUUUCCGAGCCCAAGGUGAAGUUAGAAAUGUUGUGUAAUGGUAUGUUGAUUCCAAGCCCAAGGUGAAGUUAGAAAAAGUUGUGUGAUAUUGGUAUAUUGAUGUGAGGUUAUUGUGGUGAAUAUUUGAAAAUUGAAUAGAUCAUUUUUUAAUCUGUACUGUAAGAGAAAUUUAAAACCUGGCAAAAUAAUCUGAAAUUUAAAACUUGGAAGAAUACUCUGCUAUUUUUCAAGCACUCUUUUUCUUAUGGAGGAUAUUUGGAGUUUGACAAUUAACUAUGUGGUAGUGGAACUUUGUGUUACUUCACAAUUGGAAAUAUGUAUGAUAAUGGAUCAUGUGUGUUACUGUGAUACAUGAUAAAGCUAACAAUUUUCUUUAGUUAUGAAUAAGGAUUAAAAUAUAAAGAAAAUUCAUCCAGAUAUUUUGUUAAUUUUGCUUUUUCAGGAAUUCGAGUUAAAGGUAGUUAUUUUGGCACUAGUACUAUAUGGUUUUAGGUUUGUUUCAUAUUAUUCAUUCCUUGAGUUAUUGAUUGUAAUGUAGUAUAUUUUGAUAUGUACUAAUUAUCAAAGUCUCACUAAGCAUAGUAAUUUGCAGGAUAUAGUUGACUUUAGAGCAUAUGACCAAAGCUGUGAUACUCUUCAAUACUCGUUGGUCUAUUGACUGUAAGAUUAAUUAGUUAAUAUUUUGUACUUCUCUAAGUUUCUAAAAGCAACAGAUGGCUUGUGAUUAAGUUCAGUAUUAAUCUCUAUCUAAAUGACGUUGGAAUCUGUAUGAGGUUUGAUUAUUUUGCAGGCAAUGAACAGAUUUGAUUUAAAACAUUUUCAGUGUGAUAUAUUUGUAUUUUACAAUUUGUCAGCUUGUUUCAUUCCCAUAAAUUCCCAGUCCCUAAAUAAAGUGCUGUUGGAUGGAGUAUCUGUGGUUUUGACUUAUGCUUCUAAUACUUUUUUUCUAGCCCCUUUCCUCUGGAAAAUACGUAAUGGAUUAACCAUAAUGAAGUAUAUGUCAUGAGUAAUAGUUGAAAGCCUGUUUUUAAAGAGUUCAAAUUAAUUUUCUAGUGGUAGUAGUACGUGUAUUUCAGCCGAGAUAGACCUGCCAAAACUACCAGGUUUUAACAUCUUUCCAAGCUAACAAUGACAGUGAAAUCUGAAAGUUCAUUUAAAUUGCUCUCUCAGAAGUAUGUAGUGCUUUACUGUGUACAAGUAUUAUUUCUGUUGAUAAUGAUGUGUUCAGGACAAUAAAUCUCGUAAUUAUUCUGGAUUCGCUUUGGAGGCAUCUUGUAGCCUACCCUUUAUUUUAAGCUCUCACUGUGCAAUGUUAACUAUAAACUCAAAUAGUAAAUGUAUUGAUGUAUACUCUCACAGAAAGUGAAAACGCAAAGAAACUAGAAAGGUCAUAUUCCACAAAAGACAUGAGAGUUCUCUUUUUGUUGUUGUAUAACAACGGUUUCUGAGUGAAUCUUCAUAUGAUGUCAUUCAGUGUGCAUGUUUAUGUUAUACUCAUGAAUGGUAUGUGCGUGUUUGGUUUGUUAAGGUUGUUCCAGACUUACGAUCUAUUUACAGUAAUCGAAUUCUUUAAAAUAAAAUAUUUGGAAAUGAGUUAGAAAAAUAAUUUACAAAUAAAAGACUGUGCUUGUCUAUGUAUGUUUGACAGAAAUUUCUACAGUAUUAAUGUUCUAGUGGAAGGCAGUACUUUACGAUACUAAUGGGCACUGGAUACACGCAGAAAUACAUUCGUUAACUACAGAGCUGGCAGUCAUAGGUCAGGAAAUGCCUGUGUGGAAUAGUCGUGUUUAUAAAAGUAACCGAAUUCAGUAGAGUGCGUCUAGACACAUGACAAAUAGAAGAAAAAUCUUGUCUCUGGUUACAGCCAUUACCCCUGUGUCAUAGUCAUAUGUAAUGUAUUACACGUAUGUGCAACAACUUUUAUUUAAUGUCUUAUUUAAUGCUCUGUAAACUAACAGGAAUUUUACGUACCUUUUUGUUCUCAUUUUACCCUUGAUUUAUUUUAUUAUUUUUUUUUCAUCUUGGGGACUGUGCAUGUUGAUUGUUGUAAAUUCUCUCGUUGUAAAUUUUGUUUCAGUGUAAAUAUAUAAUUAUUUUGAUACGUGUCUUUAGCAGUUUCACAAAGUGAACAGCUGUUAUGAUGUAA